AUGCACAAAUACAUUCCCCGAUUUCACAUCGUACGUGCGGAUCACACAGCAAAAUUGAAUCAAUGCGAUUUUACCACACUCGUGUUUGACGAAACCGAGUUUAUCGCGGUCACGGCGUAUCAGAAUGAACGAAUCACCCAGCUCAAAAUCGAUAAUAAUCCAUUUGCCAAAGGAUUUCGGGACAACGGAACGGGACGUCGGGAGAAAAAGUGA